AUGAACUACGUGGGGCAGUUAGCUGGUCAGGUCCUGGUCACAGUCAGGGAGCUGUACAAAGGACUGAAUCAGGCCACUCUGUCCGGCUGCAUCGACGUGAUCGUCGUCCAGCAGCCUGACGGAACCUUCCAGUGCUCCCCUUUCCACGUCCGCUUCGGGAAACUGGGUGUCUUGCGCUCCCGAGAGAAAGUGAUUGACAUCGAGGUGAACGGCUCGCCGGUGGACCUGCACAUGAAGCUGGGGGACAAUGGGGAGGCCUUCUUUGUCCAGGAGACCGAACAAGGAAAUGAAACGAUACCUGCCCACCUGGUAACAUCACCAAUCCCAACGGAGGAGCAGAUGUUCUGGGGGCGGGACUCUCGAGUGAUUGGCUCAUCUUUGGAAGGCGGUGGGUCGGAGGAGGAAAGGAAUGGAAUGGUGAAAAAGAAGAAAAGAAGGAGGAGAAAACACAAAACCACAGAGCAGAGAAGAGAGGAGUCAACAACGACAGCCUCAGUCAACCAAGCACAGUCAUUCUCUCCUGUGAAGGAGUGUCCUGAGCCCAGACAAUCAGUUCUAAAGCGUCUGGACAGCUACCCCCUGUCAGAUGGAGAGUGGUCUUCUGCCAUCAUAAACACCUCUGAGCCCAGCUCCCCCAAAAGUGACUCUGAGCUGAGUGUGAAGUGGCCAGAGAACUCCCUCAGGGACCACUCUCACAUGCAGUGGACGUGGGGAGAACUGCCCGAGGCCACCAAGGUCAGUCGCAGAGAGUGGACAGAGGCCCUGAAGACGGUUAACAUAACUCCGUCGGAGAACACCCAUUUCCGUGUCAUAUCUGACGCCGAUGUCACGUCACCGGGGACCACGUCGCCUCAGAGCUCCGUCCAACCCCUCUGUGCCAUCGUCAAACCCCGGCCUCGUACGCCCAGACCGGAACGUUCCGCCGUCGGUCUGGAAACACACGCGCACAAACCAGAGUCUCCCGUUUCCAAAUCAGAGCCUUACCUUGCCCAAUCAGAACCUUACCUCGCCCAAUCAGAGCCUCAUCUCCAAAAAGCUGAACUUUCCUCCGUGAGGCGGAAGAGCUCACUGACGGACGGCGGCUGCUGUCAGGAUUCUGGAACGCGCCCUGGGUCUGUGAUGUUUGUACCGCAGGCUGCCGUUCGCGUUCUGGGUGAAGUUAACAACUUCUGUCCUGAACCUAGAUCUCCCUCCAAAACAGACUCCCCCGGCAAGAAAAAAGUUGUGAGGAAGAGGAGUCAGCACCAGGGUCCAGAGGACAUUUAUCUGGAUGACCUUUCAGCUCUGGAUCCACAGGAGGCUGCCCGCUACUUCCCCAAAAGUGAGCCUGUAGCAGGACACUGGGAGGAGGAGCGUGUGCGAUCUGGCUCCCAGUCUCCCCAGUCAGUGUGCAGCACUGCGGCCGACAGUGGGACAGAGUGUCUGUCUGACUCUGCCUCUGAUCUGCCAAUCGUUUCAAUAUCUCUGUGUGGAGGCCUUGGAGAUAACGCCCAAGUCAACAAAGAGAAGUUUCUGGAACACAUUGUCACCUACCAGGAGUUUGCAGAAAACCCGGCCAUUAUCGAUAACCCAAACCUGGUGGUUCGGAUUAGCAACAGGUAUUAUAACUGGACCUUAGCAGCACCCCUGAUUCUCAGCAUGCAAGCAUUUCAGAAGAACUUGCCCAAGGCCACAGAGGAGGCCUGGGUGAAGGAGAAAAUGCCAAAAAAGUCCAAUCGUUGGUGGUUCUGGAGGAAGAGCAGUGUGAAACAAGUAGAGACCAAGCCAGAGUCAGGCGAUUCUCCCAGCAAAGGCCCCGCCCUCCGUCGGGAUAGCCCUACCCCACUGCAGGUGGCAGCAGACUCAUCCAGUGAUGAAGACUCUAAAGAGUUGAGUACAGUUGUCCCUACAGAACGCGUCCAGGCUGAAGGAAACACUCACACACAUUCUUACAAGAAGUCACUUCGACUGUCAUCUGAUCAGAUAGCUGGUUUGAAACUGAGGGAGGGGCCUAAUGAUGUGGUUUUCAGCAUAACCACACAGUACCAGGGCACGUGUCGCUGUGAGGGCACCAUCUACCUGUGGCACUGGAAUGACAAAAUCAUCAUCUCAGAUAUUGAUGGCACCAUCACCAAGUCAGACGUUUUUGGGCAGAUUCUCCCUCAGCUUGGCAAAGACUGGACUCAUCGGGGCAUAGCUAAACUCUACCAUACCAUACAUGAGAACGGCUAUAAGUUCCUGUAUUGUUCUGCCCGUGCGAUCGGGAUGGCAGGCAUGACCAGAGGAUAUUUACACUGGGUAAACGACAGAGGAACCAUAUUACCACGUGGCCCACUAAUGCUCUCUCCCAGCAGUCUCUUCUCAGCCUUCCACAGAGAAGUGAUUGAGAAGAAGCCAGAGAAGUUUAAGAUCGAGUGUCUGACAGACAUAAAGAAUCUCUUCCCCUCCAACACUCAGCCCUUCUACGCUGCCUUUGGCAACAGAAGCAACGAUGUGUUUGCCUAUAAACAUGCGGGGGUGCCGUUGUGUCGAAUCUUUACGGUGAAUCCUAAAGGAGAGGUGAUUCAGGAACAGAGCCGAGGAAACAAGACAUCGUACAGCAGACUCAGUGAAUUAGUGGAUCAUGUCUUUCCUCUGUUAAACAAAGAGCAGAACUCUGCCUUCAUUCACCCGGAAUUCAGCUCUUUCUGUUUCUGGAGGGAGCCAAUCGCCCCGGUCUCUGUGGACGACCUGCUGUUGCUCUGA